GAAUCGGAAACCCUCAGAGUGGCCUCCUGCUUUCUCUAUCAUUCUCACCUUUUUGCACAGUUCUUCUGUUAUGGCACAUUGUGUUUAGACAUUGUGCGACCAGUAUAGACUGUUUAGCAGGGGAACAAGGCAGAGAGAGAAACCUGAGGAGUCCUCUUCAAUCUGUGAAGACAAAGAAACUCAGAUGUCCCGCUGAUCGGCUCACAAUGAAGCCGCUGUUCGUCCUCCUCGUUUCCUGUGCCUGGACUUUAAUUGGAGCCCAGAAUUACUACCAGGCACUGAUGGAUUAUCUGGAGAACAGAUUGUUGGCCAUUGAGGACCGCAUGCAGCUGUGGCAUGAACAAGCCCAUCAAUACCGCACAGAGAUGCUGGAUUUUMAAAAGCUAACAUCAGAGGCCAUGACAGGGAUAAAAAAUGACCACAGCAUGAUGUUCAAAGACCUGAAAGGAGCUUCUGCUCGAGUGGACCUUGUGGAGACGGAAAUGGACUACGUGGAGACCCAGAACUCUCCACGGGCUUGUGCGAACAAYGCUGAAAAAGUGUUGGAGCAGGAGGCCUGGGGUCUGCAGGAGAGAGAUGAGGUGGAGGAGGAGGAAGAUUGGGAGGAGCUGCAGUCCAGAGUCUCCGACUGUGUGGAAAUCAUCUCUGGCAUCAGAUCUGUGAAGAUCCUAAAGAGAAUAGGAAGCCCCAAAGGAAUGUGGACCAGAGAUCCCAAGUCCUCCAAGCUUUACGUCUUCAAUGGCACAUCAGGAGACACAGUCUACGAGUUCAAAUCCGUCCGUGACUUUUCCACAUCUCUGGGAGUGGCUGGGAGCAGGAUGAUCCACCUUCCCUCUAAGUGGACGGGUCCUGGAAGUGCUGUUUAUAGCGGCUAUUUGUAUUACAUAAAUCAGGAAACUGAUACAGAUGUGCAGGUGGUUAAAUUUGACCUGACGAGUGGUUCAGUGACAGACACUGCUAUGUUCCCUAUGGAGAGACAUGCCAGUCUUUACACUCUUAAUCCUGAGACUGUUGCAGACCUUGCAGUCGACGAUGAGGGCUUGUGGCUCCUUUUCACCCCCACUGACAGUGAACCAAACAUUAGCCUCGCUAAGAUGGACACUUCCACGCUUGACAUAGAACAAAUCUGGGACACCCAGUGCCCACGGGGGAACGCAGAGGCGGCUUUUGUAGUGUGCGGGACAGUCUAUGUCGUUUACAACACCCGCAUGGCCAGCCGAUCUCGAGUUCAGUGUGUGUUUGACGUGAAUGACAUGAUGCUAACUGAAGAGGCUCCUCUGCUUUACUUCCCCAGGAGGUACGGAGCUCACGCCAGUCUGAAGUACAACCCUGAGGAGAAUCAGCUUUAUGGCUGGGAUGAUGGCUACCAAAUCAUUUACAGACUCACUAUAAAGACGAAACUCUUAGCUUGACAGAAGAGAAAUAGGAUCAUGUUUGAAAAACGGAAGGACAGUAGCAGUAAAUUUCUAUCCAUUCUCAUAGAUUUGCUUUGAGAAGAAUAAUGCAUGCUCUUAUUUUCUAAAUAUGGUGGCUGUGCAAUGGAAGCUGUAAAGGUGACAUAUUAUGCUUCCUUGAACAGGUUAGGACAGGUGAAUGGGCUAAACGAAACAUGUUCAUUACGUCUUUUUGCACAAAAUCGCUCUUGGAUAUAUGAGAUUUUAGUYGGUUCAGUUCUGCCUAUUUCAAGCUCUUUUCAGAAUGAGCUAGGGCUGCUUGUCAAAUAAAAAAUCCAAAUAAGCUGCUGCUGGCCGUGCUCAUCCAACUCAGAUGCUCAAUUAUACAACCGUACGUCUUUGAAAAGCAGAAAUGGAGCCUCCUGCACAACCCACAACAAUGCAGCAAGUUGUUUCUGAAACAAAACACUUAUCUUUUCCAGCAGCCAUUGUACUGUGCAUAAAACCAGCUGGCCAAACAUCCUUGGUGUCAUUAAAUAUUUGACAAUGGUUCUUUCACAUCACUGUGGAGGAAUUUCCAUCAGGUCUUCUUUACAGAAUUGUCUUAAGUCAGCCAUGUUAAAUUGAAAAAAGAUCCAGAUUAAAUUAAUUCGAUUAAGUAAUUUUACCCCUCUAAAUGUGAACUUACUAGUGCACUCUGAAUCUCUGUCCACCUUCAAAACCCAAGUGCUUGUGAGCCUCAGCGCACAAACUGAUGGCCAAAACAGCCCAAAUAUAUCACAUUUCUUGGUUACCCUUAGUGACUACUCCUGUUUAGUAUUAACAUUCAGAAAAUUUGGAAGAAGUUGAUCCAAGUGUCUACUUUGAUGUAUAAAGGAUAUGUACAGUAAAAGAAAACAGACAUAUAUGUUAUCAUAGUGGGCUGAUAUUCACUGUGAAAUGCGAAAAGUUAAUAAAGUUCACGUCCACUUUCUGCUUCUUCUGCCAAAUAAAAACGUGUGUGAAGUUGCAUAAAUGAUAAACAUUAUGAUGUUUGAGUUCAUAUGUGGUCUCAUUUCCAAGAGGGAACUGUUUUUUUCUCAUGCUUUUCCAUAUUUUAAAAUUUGUUUUGAAGAUCUGAAACACAAGAAGUAGCCAAAAAAAAAAGGAAAAAUGAAUGUGAAUUUGAAAAGGAAUUAAUAUUUUUAUGAACUUCUAAGUCAGACUGAUGUCAGUUUAUCAUUCUGCCUCCAAAGAAAAGAGAAUCUUCAUUGAUACAAGAAGUGUAGCUGUAAGCUGCACAUGUGCAUAAUAUGCAAUACAGGUGGAGUCUCAAACUUUAAACACCGAUUUUUUUUCCAAAUGCCAAAGAAAUCCUUAGCAUGAGAUCAAAAAUAUGUACAAUACAAUAUUAUAUGCAUGGUCAGAAAAUGCUAAAAGAUACACAAUUGUGAAAUGAGGUAUGGGGGCAAUAACAGUAUCAGAAGAGUUCAUAAGAAGUUCAGAARGAUUCUGUUUAUGUAAAUAUCAGUGUGGUUAAAUUAUUCCAAUGUGCAACUGGAACAAGCUCUUUGGUAUGCACAGAAUAAGGAAGACAACAAUAAAGUCCWCCCCUAAUUCAUGUUCUUUAAYCCAGUGCUGGUGUUGUCUGUAUUUUUCUCUCAGAAACCUGCUACACAGAGGCCCCUUUCUUUUUGUAAAAGUCUUUUAAUCAAAGAAAAGGAAGUCAUUUCACRCUCCAUGGGAAAAAGCACAACAAGCUAUUUUCCUGAUGCUCUUUUUUUUUUUUUUUUUUUGAGAAAUGAAAACUGGUGGAGAAAAUACAGUUUUGUAUUUCAGUUUGACUUUAUUACACACUGGAUCACUGAGUUUAUCUAGAACCCAUUUGUCUUUACCAACAUCUCUAUUAUUACAAAUACAAAAUGUUUAAUAAAAAAUUUUAACCUCAGCUAUUUUAACAUUUGGAAAGGAUUACAAGAUCAUAUCAACAAACAGUACAAUAUUAGGCAAAGCUAGAAGGUCUUAAAACAGUCCAUAAACUGAGGCAAUCGACCUAACGGGUUCCACCGACGAUGAAAACACACCACUGUCAGAGAAAUAUGACCAUCGUAAAAUACAUUGCAUUUUUUUUUUUAAAAAAAAGGAGCAGAAACAACACAAUAAUUCACUCACUUGUUUAGAUAGUAGAAAUCUAAUAAUGCCAUUAGUCUAAAGAAGAACUUCAACAUUCAAAUAACUGAAUUACAGCAGAGUGUUGAUGCUAUGGUAGAAUACGUCAAGCAUGAACAAUGCACUGACUCAUUCUCGCUCUAACAAGUGCCAAUUAGAGAAACGCCACCGUUAUGUUGAUGCUSACCUGUCCGCCCAACAGCUUCCCCCGCUCUGUCAUCUCAGGCUUUCAGUUUAACACCGAGGUGCCAAACGACUUGCUGCGGGUAAAUUUAUCCGCUACGGAAAUGUUUAAAACAGGCCUUUCUGGGUCUGCUGAAUCCAUCUGCUUGUGUCUUCAUGUCUGCCUCCGAUUUUCCCAUGACAUACUCUGUGGCACAAAGUAAAAUGCAUCUGUACAAACUGUACCAAACUGUAAUCUGUGAUUGUUGUUAAGCAGCUGUCCUGCCAGGUAUCAUCUCCAGAUUGCAGCUUCUCAUAUUGUGUUCUAGACGUGUUAAUAAGGAGCUCGACAUCAAUCACUGCAUCUGGAGGCUCAAACUGAAACACCAACUAAAACGCGACGCUACAGGAGAUUGGACCUGAAUAACAUGUUUUGGUAAAAACAAACAUGUUUAUGAUAAAAAAAAAAAACGAUGUCUGAGAACACAGAACACAAAAUCCCACAAUGUCAUGAUCAUUUACAAUAUAAUAAUUUCAGUAUUACAACAUAAAACAAUCGUAAACCGAUACAAA